ACAUUUUUCUAUACGAAGGGAAAAAAUAGAUUCAGAAGCUCAGUUUUCUUGUAUGUUGUAAACGGUGCGGAUUAUGCCAACAUGACAAACGCAUUUCGUGUCAGUGCGAGAAACAUGCAGCCGCAAUGGAGUGCAGUUAAUCAAGACAUCCCUUCCAACAGUGUUAUCGUUAGAAACCUCUCGCCUUCGACAAGGGAAGAAACGAUAAUUAUUCAUUUUCAGAAGAAAAGGAAUGGUGGAGGUGAAGUCGAAGGAGUUCGGUUGUUCGGCGAAGGUGUUGCAGUUGUUACGUUUGAAAAGUUAGAAGUUGCUGAAUCCGUUUUGGACAGGAGGCAUGAGAUUGACGGUGCCCUGGUUACACUUGAGCGGCAUCAAAGUUUACAUACAGAUCAGGUUUUUGGCAAGGUGGCCGGUCGUCUUGAUCCCCUUUCCUUGGGGGUAAGUUUCUCCAGCUUGGAAGGGAUUCUACGAACAAUCCACGCCGAAACAAAAGUUGAUUGGAAGGAGAUAUUUGACGGAUUUGUAGUAUCUGGAACAUUUGACCAGCUAAAGACAGUACGUGAGUUAUUAAUCUGUCAUUUGGAAGAGACAAAGAAGCACAAAAGCGAGCGUACCCCAAAAGACGGUAGAAGGCCAUUGGUAAGAGACAUGACAACUACAAGAGAGUCCAUGGUAGGCAGCAAAGUUUCUACAGGGUCAACCAGUCUUCGCACACCUUCUAUUUGCCAAUCAGAGGAGAUGAUCGACAAGGUCUCAGGACGAAAAUACAACAAUCGUUCGAUACCAAACGAAAGUCAGGUAGAACGGAAUGAAAGCCAUGGCAACCCGCACGGUCUAGUAGAAAACGAGAGAAUGAGGGUAAGUGAGAAUGCCAAGAAGCUGCAUCAAGCCGAUAUCACUAGUGAUGCCUCGAACACAAGAAAUGAUAGGAAAAAGCUAAUCGAAGAUGAAAAAGAAUCACAAAGCGAAGGUAUAAGUCGACCCACGCCAGUAACUCCAUCCUCAAAGAAGCAAUUUGUAUUUCUUGAGAACGGCACAGAGAAAACAAGUGGAGGCGGACAUCUCAAGACAGGAAUCGAUGAUAAUGCUUCACCGCCUUCACGGGUCUCUGCAAUUGGAAACACAAGCGGUAAUGGAACAAGACCAGAAGACCAAGGAGAAGACCAAGACCAAGACCAAGACCAAGGAGAUGUUAAGAAUCUGUUGACAUCAGUCAAAAUGCAGGAGAUGCCCCUUGAAAGCAGCAAAGGAAAAACUGAUAGACCUACGCAACCUAACCGAAAGCGUCCUGCUGGACUACCCGAUAAAAAUGUUAAUUGUGAAGACCUACAGUCUAGUCUACAGUCUAAUAGAAGUUGCGACGCCGAUAAAACAACUUUGAUUGUACCAGUUUUAAACGAAGCUUCUGAUCAAGAAAACCAGUCAUGCUCUCAUCUGGAGAGCUCCAAAUCUGACCAGUCGUUAUCCAAAGGGCUUGGCGAAUACACCACAGAUGUGAACUCUUUAAAGUACAUCACAUCCACAGGUAUCACAGUAUUGUUGCAGAUAGGAGACAUAACCAGCAGCGACGUAGACGUUCUUCUUAGUCCUGCCAACCCAACUCUUUCUUACAAGGAAGGAGUACCUCAACUGAUUCUGGAGAGAGGAGGCUCUGUCAUAAAAGAAGAAUGCCACAACAUCGCUAAAGCUGAAUGUCCACUGCAAUACGGUGCUACAUUCCUCACUUCAUGUGGGAACUUACCAUGCAGAGGCGUCCUUCAUACAGUUCUGCCACCUUGGAUCAGAGACGACGAAAACCAAAGAGCAUAUAAACGUCAGAUCCACCGACAUCUUACCGAGGGACUGGUACUGGCAUCAGGAUAUAGACACAGAUCGGUUGCUCUUCCACCAUUAGGGCAAGAUGGGAAUUGUAUUCCCCUUGAGGUCUCUGUAGAGGUUAUUACUCGUGUCAUUGCCAAGUUCAGUGACAAAGUUGGCCCCAUGCACACUGGAAUCAAUGACAUUCGUAUAGUAUGUGAAGAUGACGCCACUAUGAAUGCUUUUGCAAAAGAACUGUCGUUUUUUUCCUUUCGAGGUGAUGAACCAUAUUUUAAGAUGACACCAUCAAAGAACGAGCUUGGAGGGGAAGACGUAAUUCCAAAAUACCAACGCACGGGAAGAAGUCGCCCCAAAUGUGAUGAAGGCGUCGAUUCGUCAAUUGCCACUGAAAAAUCCGUGGAGCAAAUUCAGAAGGCAACUUCAUCACCUGUAAAAGGUUCUUUUCCAAAUACAGAGAAUGCGCAGAUUCUUACUAGCGACCCCAAGAUCGAAGUAGGCGCGUCCUCUCAACUCAAACCUCAGCCUGAUAGCGCAGCAAUUCUGCCUGUUGUUAACGGAGAGAUGAAAGACGCUUCUUUGAAUAACUCAAGGCAAUGUCACGAAAACACUACCACGGUCAUUUCAAGUAGCGUUACAGAAAGUACCGACAAUUCAGAGGCAAGCGUGUUUGAGAUACUGGAAGUGACAUCGACAGCCACAGUUGCGCUUGUAGAAGAGGUCGUAAAACGAGUAACUGCGCAGAAUAACUCAGGCAGGAAGUUGGUGAAGGAGUUCAACUUGAAAGUGGACCAGGAAAAUUUUGAAGAACGAAAUGGAAACGUAGCUGAAACCAGUGAAUUGCUAGAAAAAUUAUCAGCCCUAAAAAUUACAAAGGCGGUGACACCGGAAAUUCAACAGCCUAAACCCUCGCCCUUUUCAACUACGAAAGAACAAGGCAAAGGAAUUCCUGGAAGUGAAACUAGCCAUUUUCAGAGUAGCUUGAAAGACACCCAAAAUCUCGAUCCAUUUCAAAGUCGUGCGCAUGAGACAACAGAUGCUCACAGCUUAAAUUCUUCUUUGUUAAGAAUGGAUAAUGACCUUUUCGUGACUUCACCUACUGUCGAGGCUCUUUUAAGUGCCGACCUUCGGCUAGGUGUCCAGGGUCUACACAUUGAGCAUGAAAGGAAUGGAAACAUUGACAAAGCAGAAGGCCAAGGCAAGAAAAGUGUUUUACCCUUUAAGCAGAGGGAAAGUAACUCUAAUGAGCAUCUUGUGUCUAUAACAACGUCAAACGAGAAACAGAUGAUAACAGAGAGAAAUUCCCAGGAAGAUAUAAAUGAAAACCUUCAGUCCAAAAUGGAACCUGCAGCCACAGGCAAAGGAGACAAAAGGAAGUCGACUCAUGAUAAGAGAUGCGAUUUCAAAGAGACAGACGGAAAGAAAGAGGAAAUCGACCCGGCGCUUGUGGAUAACUACUUUAAUGGGGACAAGAGAAAAGUAGUUUCGACUGAGCUACCAGCUGCCUUCUUGUGCGCCCUUUGCCAGGACACUGUGGAUCAUCCAGACCUUAUUCAUCCAAAUGUUUGCGUGCAACACAAGUUUUGCGACGACUGCCUUCUCAAGGCGUUCACUUUCAGUAAUAAUUCGCUCCAUUCUUUUACAGUAGUUUCGACUGAGCUACCAGCUGCCUUCUUGUGCGCCCUUUGCCAGGACACUGUGGAUCAUCCAGACCUUAUUCAUCCAAAUGUUUGCGUGCAACACAAGUUUUGCGACGACUGCCUUCUCAAGGCGUUCACUUUCAGUAAUAAUUGUCCUGUUUGCGUGGAUUCCUAUGGGCUGACAGUUUCUGAAGGACCAUACAACGCGGCACACAAUGAUACAGCUGAACUCGACACCAAAGAUCUCCAUACCUCAGUUUCUGACCCAAGCUCUGAUAUAGACCAAAAAGGCGGUCUUCAAUGGACAGCUUACCCAGAUGUCUUAAAAGCAAACCAGCCCCCGGGUCAAAUAAUGUGGAAAAGGUACGAAGAUAGUCUUCCUGGAUUUGAAGGCUGUGGCACAGUUGUCGUGACUUUCACUUUCUACGAUGGUGUACAGAGUUCGGAGCACCCAAGCCCCGGUGAAAUGUACAAAGGAAUGUCUUGCAUUGCGUACCUCCCUGACACACAGGAAGGCAAGCAGAUUUUAAAGUCAUUACGGAAAGCUUUUGACGCUCGCCUGGUGUUCACUGUUUCAAGGUCUGCUUCAGAUCCACCAGCCCAAGUCGCACUAAAUGGCGUCGAACUGAAGACAUCAGCAGAAAGUAAUGCAAGAAACGGCUACCCAGACCAUGGAUAUUUGUCAAGAGUAAGAAAGCAACUAGCUGCUAAAGGAUUUCAAUAAGAGCGUCAAUGUCACAAUAUUACUGAACAUUUUCAAUGUUGAUCCUCUUUUUUAAAUAACUAUAUAUUUUUAAUCAUUUUAUUGACACCACACUUAUGGCAUUAACUACAUUGAUGAAAGAGCUGACACCAAAUUAAUUAUUAUAAAUUAAUUAGUUGCCGAGGACUUAGUACAAUCUAAUUAACAAUAACUAAUUUGUUUUGAAAUAUAAUUAAGAGUUUCGGAACGCAAAUACGCCUGGGGUGUCCAACAUAUGUCAUUAAUCCAGUAGGUUUUCAUUGUGUUUAGUGAUGGCUUGAUUAAUACCAUUUGUAAAAUUUAUUUUGGUAAAUACUAGUGUGCGACACUUUGUUAAAAAACUCAGCAUAGCUCAGCAGUGGUGGAAGCAGCGGACCUGGAGUCCUGCUGUAUUACUGUUCGAUUUCGGAGGCGAGGAUCACGAAAUGGAUCAUGAUCAUACUGAAAAAUAAAAGGAUCAGUUGCAUUCAUUUUCUUUAGAAGUCAGUUAGUAAAAGAGGACUUGGUUCGAAAAAUUUUUGACGAUCUACCACCAUCCGUAGCGUUUGCCGUAUAUAGUAUCUAUUUCAUCUCCUCAGAAAACAAGCCAAGACCAAUAGCUUCAACGCAAUGUUAGUAGAGCAAGACUUUGGAAUACUUUAAGCAAUGAGACACGGUGAAUCAAUAGAGUAUAUAAGUUUAAUAAACAUUUGUAACUAGAUAGUUAUCGAACAAUUUCUCGGUAGAACAUUAUAGUAUUUAAUCAAGAGAACUUUUUAAUCUCGAGGUAAGUUGCAGUUGUUCCUAUUCUAAUUUUCAGCUUUAUAAUUUUUACUUAGCAAGGGCCACAAUGUAAACUACUAGGUCACAAUUAAAUGUAUUUCUUUUUUACCCA